CUAAUACACCACUAGGAAAUCGAUCUUUUGAGGCGCAUGUGUAACGGCGCAUUUACGAAAAGUGUCUGUUCCUUCUUUUUUGAAUGAAAAAUUGUCUGUUCCUUGUAUGCUUUUUUCCGAUCAGAAGCACUUGUACUAAAAGCGCUCCUACUCUUCACGGGCACAGGGCACUUAUAUCUGGCCGAUGCUAAAAAUAUCCCGACAAACCUAACUUAAAACUAGCUAAGUACUCUUAACGAGACUACCUUCGUCCCAAAUAGAUCGACGCUAACCUCUGGCCGCUCGCUUCUCCUCCCAUGUUCGAGUCGAUGCAACGCCGCCGGCUCACUGCCCGCCGUUGCUCCGUGCCUCUGUCGCGGAUUCAUAGCGAUGCAGUUCCCAGGAUUUCCAUCGGCACCGGCACAACGCCUCCAGGCUCACAGUUUCAUGGCGGCAGCGGCACAACGCCUCCAACCCUUCACGACUUGAUGGGAUCUAUCAAGAACAAAUCGAUCAUCUUAUCAAAGGUUAUGCCAAUCUCGUUGACCUCAUCCAACCCAUGAAGUCUUUCAACUGAUCUGGUGGUGAUUAUGGCGGUGGUUGUGGUGGUGGUUAUGGUGGUGGUGGAGCCUAUGGAAAUGGAUCUGAAAACACUACUUACUAUGAUGACUAAGGUGGAUGAGAGAGAGUCACUAUACUCCACACCAAGUUGGAGAUGUUAUAAAUAUCAUAAACAGAACUACUCUUCAUCUCUUAUGGUUAUUGAUCAUGUCAACAAAAACAAGAGACAUAACACAAGCAUUCUCAUUCGACACCUUGGAUCAUCUGGAACUUCAAAGAUUCUUAUAGAUGCUGGAAUGUUCUACCAUAGCUGCUUGAGAUGGUUUCGUCUUUAUGGGUAAGUUCCUCUUCUUUUAAUUUAUUAUAUUAAUUUAUUAUAUUAGGAUCAGUUUACAGAUAGUAAAUAUGGGAUGAGAUAGUAAAAUCUGAUGAAUUAUUGAUGGUUUGGUUGAAAUGUCCUAAUGUGUUGAAUGAGCAAAAAUACCUUAAAGUUAUUGUCAAGAGUAUUUUUUAAAAAUAAAGAAAUAAUUAUAUUUCUAAAUUCUAGUUGCUCUAGGGUUAUUUUGGAAUCAAAGAGUAAAGUUGUAGAGGUAGUCAAUGUUGUUAAAAUAGGAGAGAUGGAAAAGGAGGAAAUAUAGAAAAAGAUGAUGACAGAUAGUUUGUAUAAAAUUGUUUCUAAUGCCACGGUUAGAUGGUGUGUUUAUUUUUUAAUAACAAUUGCUCAUUAUUUAUUCUAUUCUAUUAUUGCAGAUUUUUAUAUACAAGCAUUGAAGAUCAAAUGAUGAGGAUUGGUUUUGGAUCAAUGUAAUAAACUAAUAAAUAAUGGAUAUCUUGAAUCCUUGAUACUUUUUGCUUAGUUUAACUUUAUGGAUUAAAAGUAGUAUGAUUCCAGCAUUGUUUGGUCAUUGUGAUGUCAAAGUACCUUAAAGUUCUUGAAUAAUUUAAUUAUACAUUUUAAUAAAAAACCAUUUGUUCUUUCCAAGUGAUUAGUUU